UGUUCUCCCAGGGGGAGCACGCCAGCGUUGGUCCGCCACGCUGCCUCCUCCCCCCACAAGAAGACAAGGUGGACCAGGGCAGCCUCGCUCCCCUUCAUCCCGCCAGCCAAGGGGUCGCCUAGGUCUGCCAAAGAGAAGACCCUCCCGCCAUGCCAGACUCCUGCUACUCCGGUGCCAGCUGCUGAGGAGGUGACCCUGCUGGAAAAGGAGCCCAUGUUUCUGCAUCCUGCCCUCUUCAGCCGUAGUCUUUGCACUAUGGAGAGCCAGAAACUUCCUAAUGAAGUUCUGACCAAUGUGGCAGAACAGCGGUGCCGUCAGAUCCUGGUCAAGAACUCUCUGCCACAGAAGGUGUCAGCAGGUGUCCUAGUGACAUUAUGCAACUCUGGAGGUGCUCCUGCCUUUCUGUACACCCUGCGGUCCUCCAAGCUGAAAGGGAGACAUAAGGGAGAUGUAAGUUUCCCAGGUGGCAAAUGUGAUGUAUCAGAUAAAGAUGUGAUAGAUACAGCAUUAAGGGAGGCACAGGAGGAACUUGGGGUAACACUGCCUCGCAACACAGUAUGGGGCCCAAUGAAGCCAAUCACGGACUGGACAGGCAUGGUUAUAGUACCAGUCCUAGCAAAUAUAGGAUGUCUGGAAGAUCUGUCAGUGAAUCCCAAUCCAGAAGAGGUGGAAAUGCUCCUCACGCUACCACUUUCACUGGCAUGUACAAGCUCUAUUCGUGGUUACACUUGUUUCCGCCAGCAUGGGCGCUAUGCCUACACUCUACCAGUCUUUCAGGUCUCAGGACACAAGGUGUGGGGGCUCACAGCCAUGAUGACAGACUCUGCCCUUUCGCUAUUGUUCCCUGGCUCCUAUCACAGUGUCCUCCGUGGCUCUCGAACUCACUGACUACCUCAUUUACCCCAAAAAACUUAAAGCUG